UUAAACUUCUACAAGGUGGUGCGGAUUCUGGCCACUCUGGGCCACAGCCUGUCGCUCAUCACUCUGUUCACCAGCACCGUCAUCAUCUGUUUGUUCAGGAGGCUCCACUGCAUGAGGAACUACAUCCAUCUGAACUUGUUUGUGUCGUUCAUGCUGCGAGCCGUGGCCGUGCUGGUCAAAGACUCGCUGCUCUUCUCCAACGACGAGAACACCGACUGCAGCACGCAGCCUUCACUGGUGGGCUGUAAGGCCAGUCUGGUGUUCUUCAACUACUUCGUCAUGGCCAACUACUUCUGGCUGCUGGUGGAAGGCCUCUACCUGCACACGCUGCUGCUGGUCAUCCACACCUACUCCACCCGCCUCUCCAUCUACAUGCUCAUCGGCUGGGGAAUCCCUUUUGUUUUCAUGGUGCCCUGGAUCAUAUGUAGGAUCAACCUGGAGGACACGGGAUGUUGGGAGGUGAACGACAACCCCGUCCCCAACCGGCUGAUGAACUGGCCCAUCAUGGCGUCCGUCAUCACCAACUUCAUCCUGUUCAUCAGCAUCAUUCGUAUCCUGGUACAGAAGCUACGCUGCACUGACGUCGGAGGAAACGAUCAGUCACAGUACAGGCGCCUGGCUAAGUCCACCCUGCUGUUGAUCCCUCUGUUCGGGGUGCACUACGUCGUGUUUUUCUACCUGAUGGAGCCGGACGAUAAAAACCUGACGCAAGUCAAGAUCUUCUUCGACCUCGGCCUCGGAUCCUUCCAGGGUCUAAUCGUUGCCGUCCUCUACUGUUUCCUCAACAGCGAGGUGCAGAGCGAGCUGAGGAGGACGUGGAGGAGUUUGUCUCUGAAGCGUUACGUCGGACGGGACUACAGGCUCCACGCCACGUCCGUGAGCCGGAAUGGAGUCGAAAAUCAGUUUCCCAGGAACUCCCGAGCCCAGUCCAUCCUGCAGACUGAGACCACCGUGCUCUGACCAGACACGGGAAUCCUCUGUUUUCAUAAGCUCAUACUCUGAGUGAGUCAGAAUGCGGGACGUCUUACUCCAGGACACUUCCAUAGACAUAUCAUUUGCUGCUGCAGAGACUGAACCUCGUGGAUCUGCAGGAGUCUCUGAGCUGAAAGACUUCUUCUCCAAACUUCUCGUACGUCACUGCUGACAUUUUACAUUUUGCAACAGCUGAAUCUGUGCCUUCGCGGGACGGAAACCUGCAUCAACAAACAGACAUUUUAUCACCCAUUUCAGACAAUUUCUUUUGAUUACAGUUUUUAAAAACGCUGCAAAUUCAAACCUUUACUUCCAAAAUACCACAACCGUACUGGAGAGAAAACGUUCCCCGAAAGCUGAAUGUGUUGUUAGUCUGUUUCUGUUACACUGAAGACAACUUUAAACAUUUUAUAUGUACAUCAGCACUUAGAAUGAGAGCUGAAAAAAAAAAAACAAGCCAUAAGGUUUUAUGUGUCUGAAAUGUGUUUAGAAUUUUAUAAAGAACCAAAAAAAUAUUAUUACUAUUUUGUUAAUUGUAUAGAGCCAAAAUGCAGACGGGGCAAACCUGGUGCUGCUCGCAUGUCUCAGAUUUACAUUAAAUGUAAACUUCAUGUGGGGCUGCAAGGAUUCACAGCUAGAAGGUCGC